AUGAUUACGUAUUUAAAAUCAGUAGAAAAAAUUAAUGAUAUUUCCUCAAAUAAUGUGGACGAACCUGGUAUUGGUAAUUUAAAGAAGCUUACUCAUUUCAGUAUUGAAUCCAUUGUUGGAGAAACUAAUAAAACUGACUCACACGAUACAAUAGAUACACCAAAAAAAUUGCGUCUAAAUAACAAACAGAAAUUGGUUGAUGUGGAUAAUGUAAUAACCGUUAGUGUAGAUAAUAAUAAUAAAUCCUCUGACGUGGGUAAUAUAGAAGGUGUAGGCUAUAUUGAAAAUAAAAUUGAGAUAUCGCCAGAAGACGUCAUUGCUUCGACUAAUGUACUUAAUGUCAACAACAACGACAUCUUGUUUCACGAUAAUACCGACGUGAAACUCGCUCUCGCUCCAAUAGCUGAUGAGAAGGUACCGAACCAUUCCUGUAGUCCACAGUUGCCAGUACCAUCCCCAAACUAUCCGGUGCAGUCCAGCACCGCGGUACCAGAUACUCACAGUUCAUUACCUCAAGCAACUAGUCAGAAACCUAAAAUAGUAGAGAGAGGUAGUAUGUCGGAUGUAGGAACUGAUUCGACUAACAAAAAAUCAUCGAUACGUACUAUACGCCGUGAAAAGAAAAAAGAGUGUACUUUUACCGUACUGAAUAUACCAAAUGUACCUAUUAACACAAAGCCGAUUGCAGCUAAACGUCAAAGACUGAGUAAAAUUGAUUUGGCUGCACUGAAAAGAAACAGAAAAAAGAAAAAGGAGAAUAAGGGAAUCAAGAAAGUUAAAAACGAUAAAGUUUGUGUGGAAUAUGGUGUUACGAUUUAUGGGUAUUCCGAUUGGUCCGAUAGCGACAGUUCUUUUUUUAGUUCCGAUAGCGAAAAUGAAGAAACCGAGACAGAUCUUGUUAUUAAGAGCGGACCGCCCCUUCAGCUGGAUUCACGUCCCGACAAAAUGCAAUUUUUAAAAACACUCAAUCUAACAACGCAUAGAAUGAAUAAUUUUUUAGAAUUACAAAAACUGGAGAGAAGGAAGUGGCUAGACCCCAGUGUCAUCAUAGAAAAAACUGAUGAUGAAAUAACAUCCUUGAAUCUUCCAGUGCCUUUAAAGUCAACGUUAACAUUAAACAUGCUGCAAAAUUACAAGGCCAAAAAGUGUUUCUUUCAGUUACUAGGACUGAAAAUUAUGUCUGCAGAGGGAAAACAAACUUUGGAAAAGAACUGGACGGAAGUGGUAAAAGACCGGAUAAAAAGAAAUUGCGAAUCCUCUGUCACAAAGUACACUGAAAAACUAAACAAAAAAUUGGCCUCUGUGAAAUCACACCAGGACGAACUUAUGAUCGAUAGCAAAAUCAAAGAUAACCCAAUUUUAAAAUUGCCCAUCGUUCACCAAUACAGAGUGAAUUCACUGCACAUCGAUAAAAAAGAAGACUGCAAAAACAUGGCGAUGAAUCAAGGCACUGGAAUAAGCUGCCUUCCUCUUUCUAUGAUAUUGGUACAGAAUCAAAAUUCUAUGAAGAAUGAGAAGUUGGAAAGUUCGAAGGAAAACAUUUGGGUCGAGAAAGAAGAUUGCACCAAGUUUAAAUGGCCGGGAGUACUGGAGUUAAUAGAAGCCUAUAAAAGGUUUUCAAAAGAGAGGGACGUUCAGAUCUUUCAAACGAAAAAGCAACAAACGUACCUAGCCGAAGAAAACCUGAAGAGGCAGCGUGAAGUGAAAUUCCUUGAAAAGAAACAGCGAGAGUUACGUUCCGUUUUGUUCAGGAGAGAGAACGAGAAAAAAGAACUGCAAAAUAGCAUUGACCAAUUAAAAAAUUGUAUCAAUUCCUUUCGGUAA